ACCGGACCCUCGAACGUUUCAAAACGAUUCCAGUCGCUUGGUCCAAUGUUUUGGAAAUAAUUCCGUGUUGUCAUCAAUCUUCACACUAUGUAUCGCGCGAACGUUGCGUCGAAUCGCGGCUCAGCAAUUCGUCUGUUUCACGUGUUUCGGAUGGGCGGAACGUCGUCGGAAAUUAUGACACUGCAUUGUGAAUCGAUUUGAAUCGCUCGACACCGUGGCAAAAAUUCCAGUGAUAUUCACAGAAGAACCCUCACGAUGUCCUUGUACAUCGUUGCGGCCGGUGUUUGAAGCGGAUCACGGGCCGGCUGGAAAUUCGCAAGAGCAACAAGUACAUCCGUUCGUCGGGUAUGCGAGAGAGAAGCACGGACGUCUUCUGUCGCGUAUCAUGUUCUCGGCGAAGGAUUUCUCGUGCGUCGGCGGUCUCGAGAAACACAUCAGGGUGGUUAAGGAGACGGUUCUGUUCCCGCUUAUGUACGGCGAAGUGUACGCUAAGUUCAACUUGAAACCGCCGAGGGGCUUGCUCUUUUAUGGGCCUCCUGGCACAGGGAAGACCCUUGUCGCCAGCGCGUUGGCCGUAGAAUGCAGCAAUUCGGAGCGCAAGGUCUCGUUCAUAUCGCGCAAGGGCUCCGACUGCCUCAGCAAAUGGGUUGGCGAAAGUGAAAAAAAGCUGCAGAAAAUCUUCUCGAUGGCACAACAAUCAAAGCCUUGCAUCAUUUUUUUCGACGAAGUCGACGGACUGGCACCCGUAAGAUCUAGCCGACAAGACUUCGUGCACGCCAGCAUCGUUUCUACACUGCUGGCCUUGAUGGACGGCUUGGAGAACAAUUCAGAGAUCAUAGUAAUUGGGGCAACGAAUAGAGUCGAUGCUAUAGAUCCAGCGUUAAGGAGACCCGGCCGGUUUGAUAGAGAAUUAUACUUUCCGCUGCCGUGCUACAAAGCGAGGAAGGAAAUACUCUCGGUGCACAUUAGAAGUUGGAAAUACAAACCAGCACAGAAGUUUUUAGCUUAUGUAGCAUCGAAGACGGUCGGAUAUUGUGGCAGCGAUUUACAGGCGCUGUGCGCCGAAGCUGUUAUGUGUUGCGUCCGAAGGAAUUACCCGGAGAUAUACACGUCGAAAGCGAAGUAUCAGAUCAACGAUCGGCAUCUUAAAGUCGACAAGCAAGAUUUCCACAAAGCUCAACAAAACAUCGUGCCGGCGUCCCAUCGCGUUUCGGUCGCGCCCGUGAGGUCGUUGUCGUUUAAGAUGCAGCCUCUGCUCCAAGACAAUUUGUCACGCAUUCUGUCACAGCUCGAUAUCCUUUGCCCAACAGGAAUGUUAAUCUGCGACGUCAUCACCGGCAAAGCUCUAUCUAAAUCAACCAACUGCCCGAGGAUCUUAUUAUGUGGAAACGACGACUCCCACACGCGUCAUCUAGGGCCGGCGUUGCUUCAUACGUUGGAACACCUACCCUGCCACGUGUUAGAUGUCACGACCUUGUUCGAGGAGACUGGCAAAGGAGCUGAAGAGGCUAUCAUUCAAAAAAUGAAGACGGCUCGACGAAGUUUACCAUCCUUGCUCUACGUUCCGAAUAUCCUGGCUUGGUGGGACUUGGUAGACGAAGCCGCCCGAGUCGUGUUCACAUCUCUGAUGCACGGUUUGGACCGGUCCGUGUACAUGCUGAUUUUGACUACGGCAAACUGUUCGGUGAAAGAGCUGCCGGAAGACGUCUCAUCUUUAUUCAACGAGCAUCUGGGCGAAACUUUCGAAAUCACGCCGCCGGGAGAGCACGAGCGCGAAUCAUUUUUCAAGCAAUUGUUCAAUCAUGCAACUUCCGACAUUGAAUCGAAUCAAUCGUCGCAAGUGGAUAUUGUACAAGUUGAAACGCCCGCGAGAAAGCCAAGAGAAGGUGGGAGGAGAAGGAAAUCGGUGUUACAUGCGGGUAGCUCGGAGCAUGCUGUAACACCAGCAGUGUCAACGUCACGGAGGACUAAACUCGGAGUGAAAAGUCGGAACAAGCUUCUCACCGUAUCGCAAGUAUCAACCGCAAAAUCAAAAACGAACGUGAAACGAAAGUCUAGUGGUUCUGGGGAAGGACCGUCGUCGAAAAGAUCGAAGAACGCCUCGAGGAGAAGCUUAUCGGUGUCCAGCAGAGAAAAAUUGUGCGAUCCGCAAGCCGAAGAUCUGCUUCAGAAGAUCAUCGCGGUUACAGAAUCAUGGUCGUGCCACGAUUUGGAAGUUCUCUACACGUCGCUCGAAUUAAUCUUGGAGAAGACGGAGGACGACGUGCACUCGGCGGUGGAGGAGUGUUUGAAACAAUUUUUCGAACUCAGGCGAAUAAAACGGUGCGCGAAGAAGGAGGAGAGCUGAACGACGAUCAUUCGAAAAUGAAAUCCGCUGCCGCGCGUAAUUCUCUAUCGCCGGGAGCGACCCAUUAAUUCACUCACCGAUAUGUAAUUUCAAGUCGUUCAUCACGACGAGCUAGGUUUGAUAACCGGCGCAUAUAUACAGGGUGUUCUAAAAAUGUCUCGCGAUACGAAAGCAGAGGAUUCCUGAGGCGAU